CCUUAGCUGCUGUAACUCCAGCACCUCGCACAGGUCAUGCUUUAAGUGUUAAUGCUCAGUAUUGCCCAGUUGGAUAUAGUAAAUGUUACUACAAUGAUAGUUGCUGUAAAACAGGCUAUUAUUGCUGUACGGAUUCCCUUGGAGGGUGUUGUCCAAAUGGAUCAUCUUGUACUCCUAAUGAAUAUACAUGCUCACACUAUUGA